UUAAAACUUUCCAAGGUAUAAUUUUCUGAAAUUUUUCCCACUUUCUUUUUUAUCGUUCUGUUGAUAAUUAGAAGAAAUAACGUGGGAAAUUUUGAGCGAGGAAUUUUUAUUGAACAGAAAAUAUCUAUUAAUUUUUUUUCUGUUACAUAUUUUGCCUGAAAUUUUUGUAUUGAGAAAAAAAUCCAGACGGACUGCGACAAAAUUGGAAAGUAAGGGAAUUCCAAUGGAUUAUUCUACCAAAUGUACUAGGAUUCUAUCUUAAAUUUUCUUAUGCACGACGACACAUACAAAAAAAUUUGAUAGGAAAAACCUAACGCUUUUGCUAAGAAAAUUUAUUAGAUUGUUCAAAAUUUGAUUUGUUUAUAAAACUUACUAUGUUACGAUUGUUUUUUUUAUUAACGCAUCCAAACCAUAUGAUUUUUCCUGCUAAAAAAUAUUACAAAAAUAGAUAUAAAUUGUUUACGUAUCAGUCUAACAUUUGGUAAAUGUUUCAAUUACAAUGUCCUUAAAUAUUCAGUUUACAGAAGUGAAAUGUUACGAUUGUUUCUAUAUAAAUUCCUUGGCUUAAAUUUUCCAAGUUUUUCCUGAAUUUUUCAUGAAAAGAAAUUCCUACAAAAAUAUCUCGAAGAAUGAAUUGUUUACAAAAGUAAAAAUCUAUUAUUUCUUCUAUUGAAUACUGCUAUAAAAAAUUUAGUGGAAAGACUGUGAUGUUUUCAAUUUAAUCAUCGUAAAGCUAAAUGGAAUUUUCUAAUGCAUUCGAUUUUUCUACAAAAUUUUUUUCGUACCAAAAUUACGAAUAAUAAAUUAUCUUGAAUUCAGCGGACAUCGGUGAUCUAGAUACUUACGCAGGUGUAGUCAGGUUAUGUUAUUCAUAGGCUUUGAAUGAUGUAGUGCGGUGUAAAAGCCGAGAAAAGCGUUAGAAUAAACCAUAAUAAAUAGUUUCAACUGAUAUGUGUCUGUGCUUCCCUUCUCUGAUUUUACCGAGGGAUUCAAGAGGGAAUCAUUUAAUGAAACAGAAGAAAAAAUCCUUGGAAUGAGCCUGGAGACUGAAUAAACUGCAUGGUUUGGAUGCUUAAAAAAAGUGACAUGUGUCUGCAAACAACAACUGGAAGAUCGUUCUCCACAUUCUCAAAUAUUUUAACUACUCUAGAGUAUCAAUGGAGGUGAGCGAUUACUCACAGUUUAAUUGGCAUCUCUUGCCUUGGGAGAAAUAAACAAUUGAAUAGUGAUGGAAUCACGCUGGAAGGGCAUUCGGCCGAAGUAUUUGCUGGUCGGAAUACUCAUUACUUUCUUCAUAACAUGCCUUAUCAGUACUCUGCCAUUUAGCACCGAGGAAUGUAAGUGUCCUGGGGACUCUGAAGGACUACAGAAGGAUUCAAACAAUGUGCCAAAACCCUUGAGAAAGUCACAGCACAGAUUAGCUGUACUGGUGCCAUUCAGAGAUCGUUUCGAGGAGCUAUUGACGUUUGCUCCUUACAUGAAACGAUUCUUAGAUAAACAGAAUAUUGACUAUAGAAUAUUUAUUCUCCACCAGGUGGACAGAUUUAGAUUUAAUAGAGCAUCUCUCGUGAACGUGGGAUUUCUGCACGUAAAGAAUGAAUUCGACUACAUCGCGAUGCAUGAUGUGGAUUUGUUACCAUUGAAUGACAAUUUAUCAUACGGAUAUCCUGAUACACCUUUCCAUGUAUCAGCACCUGAUCUCCAUCCACGCUAUCAUUAUUCCACGUUCAUUGGAGGAAUUUUACUCAUUAAAAGAGAUCACUUUAUUCAAGUGAAUGGAAUGUCCAAUAAAUACUGGGGAUGGGGUCUAGAGGAUGAUGAGUUUUAUGUGAGAUUGAAGGAAGCUAAUCUAGUGGUACGACGGCCACAGAAUAUUUCCACUGGCACGCAGAAUACAUUUAGGCAUAUCCAUGACAAAAACCACAGAAAAAGAGAUACAACCAAGUGUUUCAAUCAACGUGAAGUGACGAGAAAACGUGAUCGAGAAACGGGGCUCGAUAACGUCUCCUACAAAAUACUUGAAGUCAUCAAUAUAACAAUAUCUGACUCUCAACUUACAAUAUUGAAUAUCGAACUCUCGUGUGAUAAAACACUGACGCCCUGGUGCGAGUGUAUAAAGACAAAUGAAAUUAAGGAUAAGAAAAUUGUAGGAGAAAAUAAAAAAACUGCAUUGUAA